AAACGUUCCCUCCUGUUUUAGACGCACGUCUUUUCCCCUGUCCCUCUACCUGUCUCCGUUUGUCUCUCUCUACAUAUCAUCUGCUUGCUCCCGUCUGAACUCUUUAGAGAAAGAAGUUCAUAUUCUUACGGCCAACCCUUUUUCAUACAUUUCCCAAAGGAGUUUUGAUCCGACAAAAAGGCUUCCGACAAUCACUUAGCCGCUUUUUGACUAAGGUUCUUUAGCUCUACACGAUAGAAGUUCGAGAAAAACCGCGCAAAUCUCGAUUUUUUCCUGUGAAGAUUUGCGAAGAUCUUUGAUCUAAAUUUGAUUGUACCAAAAAUACUAUAUUAGUUUAUGGCUUCAGCCAAUCAUGACUCUCCCUGGCCGUCUUCGAGUGGUGAAUCCUUCUGUGGAUCUUUUAAUAUACACCUAGAGGAAGAUAAUCCAGCUGAUAUUUUACCUGUGUUGGAAGUUCCAUCCACUUCUGUAUCCUCUAAAUGUCAUAUUCCAAAACCACCACCUUUUCCUGUCAAAUCCUGUACUAGAAUCAAACUUUCCAAUAGGAUUUCAGACUGUAGCUCUAUCCCAAAGGAAACAAAAGAUACAUGGGACAAACUUUUCAAGGAAGGAUAUGGCUCAGAUGUGUUUGUUAUUACAGAGGACAAAUCACAUAUUCAGGCUCAUUCCUGUGUCCUGAGUGCAGUAUCCCCAGUGCUGGCGAAUAUUCUGCAGCAAGCAAAAGUUAAGAAUGGUAUGAGAUACAUAAAGGUUCUUGGGGUGCCUCACCAAGCUGUCUAUGCUUUCAUUCGUUUUCUCUACUCAUCCUGCUAUGAAGAGGAAGCGGUGAAGCAGCAUGUUCUCCAUUUGUUGGCUUUGUCACACUCCUAUUCAAUUCCAUCGCUGAAAAGAGUUUGUAUAUAUGUUCUGGAGCAGGGCUGGCUGACCAAAGAAAACGUUAUAGACGUGCUUCAAUUGGCAAGGAACUGUGAUGCACCUCGGCUCUCCUUCAUUUGCGUUCGUACUAUUAUUGGGGACUUCAAAACUAUAGCUUCAACUGAAGGCUGGAAAGUAAUGAAGCGUGCUAAUCCUGCACUCGAACAAGAACUUCUUGAGUGCGUUGUUGAGGCAGAUUGUAGAAAGCAAGAGCGGUUGAAGAAAAUUGAAGAGAAAAAGGUAUACUUGCAACUGAAUGAGGCGAUGGAAGCCCUCCUUCACAUAUGCAAGGAUGGGUGUAGAACAAUAGGGCCUCGUGACAAGGUGCUGAAAGGAAGCCAGGUUGCUUGUCGUUUCCCAGCUUGCAAAGGGCUUGAGAUGUUAGUCCGUCAUUUUUCUAGUUGUAAGACACGGAUUCCGGGUGGCUGUGCUCACUGUAAACGUAUGUGGCAGCUGCUUGAAUUGCAUUCUCGCAUGUGCAAUGAGCCUGAUUAUUGCAAGGUCGCUCUUUGUAGGCAUUUCAAGGAAAAAAUGCAGCAGCAGACCAAGAAAGAUGAAGCUAGAUGGAAACUGUUGGUGAGUAGAGUGAUAGCAGCAAAGAAGUCACUGCUAUCAUCUCAGGUUAGUGCUCAGGUUCAUUGUGACCCCCCUCCUUGCUGAAUACACCUUGUAUACUCACAGGAAUGUGAGGGUUAUAAUUUCAUUACCUCUGUGCUUUAUUUGAGGAAAAUAAUUGAUGUGACUGAGCUCAUGCUCCCUGCCUUUAUAAGAAAUGGUAAGAAUCUGUGAGCCAUUCAGACAGAUUAGUGAAAUUCUUUGAAUGGAGUGUCUGGUUUGAUUA